GGGGGAUAUGGACCCCUCUCCCUUCUCGUCAAAGAAUCAGCCUCCAGCUCCUCCUCUGAUGCAUCGUUUGCAUCAGUACUUGGAAACACUUGUCCGCGCGCUGCUGCACCUCCCUUCAGUUCACGGGCUCCACUUUACCAGGCGACGACAGACAAACGCUCAAGAGUAAAGAUGAUAUGUUUUUAACACGCCUGGAGUCGGAAUUAAUGUAGAAUGGAGACGCGCAUUGGUUAUUGCAUUUUUAUCAUUUUCACUGAGUGGAUUUGGCUCAUCACACUAACUUCCAUCCUGGGCGGAACAGAAGCGGAGGUAAGAUGCAUCCCCCCGUGCCAGCUGCAGUUAUUCAGCGCAUUUUCCCGGGAACUCGCGGAGCUGAAUUUGACUAAUUUUGACGAGGCACCUGCUGAAGAAAUUGUUAGAUUGACUGAAGGUUCACCAGGCACAAAACCCACCCCCAGACAGGAUGAACAGCAGAACGCUGCGGAAUUAACUGCGACCCAAGAAAGUUCCUCCAAAGUAGAGCAACGGUUACAGGGGAAUAACGCAAGUUGUCUUGAGAAGGACGCGCUAAAUGAUAAGCAAAAACUUUGCCACACGACAGUGUUUCCUGGCGCGUCGGCACCAUCUCUCAAAAACGUCACUGAAAAUAGCAAUGGAAAAAAUGACAGCUUUUUUGGAGAAAAUGGGGCGAAAGCUGACGAAUCGGUAAACGAGGACAAGGAUGUGGCCAGCUGGAGACGAGGAAGAAGGAGCGCAGAGACUUGGUCCCGAUUCAGACCUGAGGGCGGGGAGGAUGCUUCGUUUUUGGACCAAGAGGAGUUGCAGCUUACAAGUUCGACAUUUGCACUGGCCGGAGACACUGCUCAUAACCAGGCGAUGGUGCACUGGUCCGGACAAAACAGUAGCGUGAUUCUCAUGUUGACAAAAUACUAUGACUUCAACUCUGGCAGAGUAACAGAGAGUUCUUUAUGGAGGUCAACUGAUUAUGGGACCACGUAUGAGAAACUUAACGAGAAAGUUGGACCAAAAACCAUACUCAGCUACUUGUAUGUGAGUCCAAACAACAAAAGGAAGAUCAUGUUACUGACCGACUCCGAGGUGGAGAGCAGCCUGCUCAUUAGCCUUGACGAAGGGGCGUCUUAUCAGAAACACAGCUUAGCCUUUGAUAUCCUCAGCCUGCUUUUUCACCCUGAGCAGGAGGACUGGAUCUUGGCUUACAGCCACGACCAAAAGCUCUUUGUCUCUGUUGAGUUUGGGAGGAGAUGGCAGCUUGUGCAUGACGAUGUCGUCCCCAACAGAUUCUACUGGUCCAGACUGGGUUUGGAUAAAGAACAAGGGAUGAUCCAUCUGGAGAUCAGUGUCUCUGAUGGACGGUCACAGUACAUAACUUGUAAACUUCAGAACUGCUCUGAUGGAAACAAGGGCAAGCCUUUCCCUGGAUUUAUCAUCCCUAAUUCCCUGGUGGUUCAGGAUGAAUACGUUUUCAUCCAGGUGCCAAUAGGUGGCCAGUCUGUCCAUUAUGUGUCCUAUAAAAGAAAUGCUUUCUACCCAAUGAAGCUUCCCAAGUACACUCUGCCAAAGGACUUACAGAUAAUCAGCACAGAUGAUAACCAGGUGGUGGCUGCGAUCCAGGACUGGCACCAGAACGACUCCUACAACCUGUACAUGUCUGAGUCCAGGGGGCUGUUCUUCACCCUGAUGCUAGAGAAUGUUGUGAGCAGUGGCGGUCCAGAGGGCAACAUCAUGAUAGACCUCUAUGAGGUUGCCGGGAUAAAAGGGGUGUUCCUGUCAAAUAAAGUUGUUGAGAACCAAGUGAAAACUUAUAUCACAUACAACAAGGGGAGAGACUGGCGUCUUCUUCAGGCUCCACCAACCGAUCUCCAGGGAAACAAGGUCUAUUGUGAACAACCGUACUGUUCGUUACAUCUGCACCUUCAUGUGUCAGAGAAUCCUUACACCUCGGGGAACAUUGUCAGCAAAGACUCAGCUCCAGGAAUUAUAAUAGCAUCAGGUGUGGUGGGACCUGAGCUGACCAGUACUAAUGUCAGUAUUUUCAUCACAUCAGAUGCUGGAAACACCUGGAGAGAGGUUUUCCAGGAAGAGUACAGUGUGUUUUUCCUGAAUCAAGGAGGAUCUCUGGUGGCCAUCCGACACACACCUCUGCCAAUUAGACACAUUUGGCUGAGUUUUGAUGAGGGCAGAAACUGGGACAAAUAUAGCUUCACCUUCUCCCCACUCUAUGUUGAUGGGGUGCUGGGGGAGCCUGGAGAAGACAUCCUCAUAAUGACAAUAUUUGGUCAUUUCAGUCACCGGUCUGAGUGGCAACUUCUCAAAAUUGACUUCCGUACAAUUUUCCAACAUCUGUGCACACCUGACGAUUAUGUGACGUGGCAAUUAGACAACGAGGGUGAAGUGUGCAUCAUGGGAAUGAAGAGAAUAUUCCAAAAACUGAAAGCAAAUGUUCAAUGUGUCAAGGCCAGAGAUCAGUAUAUUUCCCAGAUGUCAGAAUCCUGCCCGUGCACAGAGGCAGAUUUUGAAUGUGACUAUGGGUUUGAGAGGCAGGUUGAUGGGAGCUGCAUUCCGGCUUUCUGGUUCAUCCCUUCAGCAACAUCCAGAGACUGUGUCACCGGGGACAGCUUCCUCAACACUACAGGAUAUCGCAGGGCUUUGUCUAACAACUGCACUGAGGGAACGCUGUUGAAGUACAGCCCAAGGCGACAAAUGUGUCCCAGUCGGGCUCCCCGGGGCCUCCAGCUCUUCACCAGCGAGGGAACUUUGGUAGUGAGGCUGGAGAGGAAUGUCACCUUCUUGGUCUUUCUGGAAGAGGGUCUCGGCUCCACGACAGGUAUAACUGUGGACUUCGGAGAUGGGGCCGCCAUAUCAUAUGUUAACAUAAGUUCUAUUGAAGACGGAGUCAAGCAUAUCUACAGUAAAGUUGGCAUCUACCAGGUUUCCGCUACAGCAAGCAACACCCUGGGUUUUGAUCGGGUGACACUCUACCUCCAUGUUUCCUGUCAACUUGAACAGAUCCAGCUUUUGGCUCCUUCAGUAGUUGUCAAGGACAAAGCGGUAAACUUCACAACAGUGUUACGCCCCAGCAAUGUGGGAACAGUCACCUAUUACUGGUGGUUUGAUAACAGAACGGAGCCUGUUGUGACCCUUGACGGAGCGAUGUCCUUCGUUUUCUCCAAGGAGGGACGUCACAGUGUCACUGUUCAGGCUUCAGUCGGCACUACUGUCCGUCAGGACCAAAUGACGGUGGCAGUUUAUGAUUAUUUCCAGUCACAUGUUUUGGCCUUUUCUUCUAACUUGGAUGAGCUGAACCCCGGCGUGUCUGAGUGGAGGGAGGACAUAGGCAGAGUGGUGAAGAGCUCCAUGGUUCAGGUCACAGGAAUCAGUGAGGAUCAGCUCCUGGUCACAGUGCUCCCAGGUUUACCGACCACAGCAGAGAUUUUCAUUGUACCUGAGAAGAGGUCAAGCAUCGGCGCCAUGGAUGAAAAAUGGGCACAACUGGAUCAGCUUUCUCAAGUUCUGCUAAGUGCUCUGAACCAAGACCUCAUCCAGUUUGCACUCAAACCGGGAGUGCAAGUCAACGUGUACGCCACACGGCUGUCUCCAGCUCCUCUUGUGGACAGCAGUGAUAGCGGUCACAGCGGCACUGCAGUCAUCAUGCUCGUUUCAGUCGUCCUGAUGGGCUUGGCUGUCUUUGUAAUAUAUAAAUUUAAAAGGAAAAUCCCAGGCAUCAACACAUACACAGCAGAGCAACCUGACAAAGAACAAGAGGUCAUCCCAACCGUGACCUCCAUAUCCAGCCCAAACCCUGAGGGGGACAACUGUACCUCACUGGAUCAUGUGGAUGUACAGAUCGACUCACGAAGCAGAGGCUACCUGCCAUCUCACACAGACAUCAAGCUCUCUGAUGAAGCGCCCCAUGUGUUUUAAUGUUGAGAGUCUAUGACCGACUCAAAAGCAAUACAUCUUCUUUGGCAGUUACUUCCAGCAAGCUAUGAAACCACGGUCACAAUGAAUGGUCUCGAGUGUUUUGCUACCCAUGCAUGGAUGGACCACUUCACACUGUGCUGCCUAAUCCCUCUAAGGAGACUGUACAGAUUUCUACUUGCUUCUUGAAAAGGGACACUUCUUGACUGAAAAUACUUGUAUUUUUGCAAGGAUCUUGUUCUUUCUAUGUAAAUAAUGUAUAUCCAUAAUGGAAGAUGUUAUUUGUCUCAGCUGGUUACAGCUGUGUCUGCUCAAAGAUGAAAAAUAUCGAACAGCAGAACAAAUGUGAUGUGAAAUAAUCUCUCAAAAUAUGCUCCUAUUUCUUUUCUUUGGGCUUGUGUUUGUGAAGUUUACUUUAACUAUGUGGAAAUAGUUUAUCUGGGUAAGACAGUGAGGGAAGCGGAUUCAUUAAGCUCUGAACAAUCACUAAAUCUUAUCACCAGAUUCUCAUCAAACGAGAGCUUGCAAUAUCGAGGAGAUGGAGGGCUUCCACUCCCAGAUCUGUGUAUUCCAUCAAGCCUGGCUCAACAUGCUAUACUGUACAUGUCAACACAAAAAUAAGAACAGAAGAUUGAAGUGGAUAGGUAUACACAGUAAAUGAGAAACUGAGCAAUCCCUCUUGUUUAGGAGACUUCCUGUACUUUUUUUUUUUUUUUUACUGGGACUGGAGAGAAUCAUAUAAGUGAUAAACCUACUUCAAAAGAGAUUACACACAAAUCUGUCUAAUCUAAAUCUUGCAUAUAGAUUAUUAUUAUUGCAUCAGGAACAUAUUUGGUUGUUCUAUAGUCAGUUAACUGUUCAACAUUGCAAUGACUUUUAAACUUGUGCUUCAUAUUUAUUUGUUGCCUGGAGCAUUUCUUGUACAUUCUAUGAAGGAAACAAGUUGUACAUUUUCUGACAAGUUCCUGUUUUCACAAAACUAAAAAGUUACAGCACAGCAGUAAACAUUUACUGUAAUGCAAUUAAAGUGCUACAGUGCCAAAUUUCUGUUUUAAUUAAUUGGUUAUUAGUUAAAUGUUUAUUGGCUACUAGACUUACCAGCAGAAAGCUAAGACUCCUUGACAUAGUUAUAAAAUAUUUCUCAUGUUUGUUGUUGUUUGAACUGAUCUCACUGUGAAGGUUGGUGCCUUCCUAACAGAAGUACGACAGCAUGGGAACUGCACCAGGUUUGAGUGAAGGCUUUUUUUUUAUUGUGUUAAAAUGCCUUUUAUUUAUUCUGGAGUUUUUUUAUCUGCCAUGAUAACACCAGCAUCUCCGCAUCGCAUUUUCUCCGUUUACAGUAAAGCAGACGAGUUUGCAGUCUGUUCUAGGAUUUGCCCCCAAGGACUCCGCGGACAAAAGGCUGUGGAUUUGUUCAUCUCUUUUGCUGCAAGGGACACAGAGAUAGAGAAGAUGUAUCUCCUGUCAACAAGGCCCAGCCUACGCACACAGCUUUGGUCAGCUGCUGUCUCUUUGGGAUAAGUACUGAACUUCUUCUUCAUCAAACUUUUCUUUUUAAGUGUUGUCAGCAUCAUAUGUCAGUAAGACAAAUUGACUAGAGGCUUCUCCAUACUUUUUUCCUCCCAACCUCCGACUGAGCCUGAAGCAUAAAUAAACUUGUACUCAUCAUGAGACAAACGACGCUUUUCUACACAAUCAUCAGAGUUCAGAGUUUUAUUUUUUGCAUGAUAUUUAACAAAAUUUUAGUUGUCCCAAUCAACUUGUGAAUAUGAUUGUGUACAUGAUUUGCAUGUUUUUUCCUCUUCUUUCGAGAUAGUAAAAUGCGUCUUAAGGAAAAAAAAAACAAAAAUUAGAAAUGUGAACUGCAGUAUUUUGCGUAUCAAAAGGGUAGACAACUAAUUCUUUACAAGUGACGUAAUUAUUCGGUGGGUUGUUGCUGUGUUUUUCAUUUGAUCUAGCAGAAGUAACCAUGGUUGUGGAAUAAAGCAGAAACACAACAUUAAUACAGUGUGGCUGGUUGUUAAAUUUCUAAAAGCAGCUUAUUUCUGCUGUUGUAUGUUAGUGCUAGUUACAUGUGACCUUUGAUUUUAGUCAAUCUGCAAACUUUAAGGGCAAAACUAUGACUCCACCUCAGCUGAGUGUGAAUCUUUGUUGGUACUUUUGAUAAACAAGAACUUGCACUUUGUUGAAUUUGUUGCUGUUUCCACUUUGCCUCUUAUAAGUGUUGCUUAGCAUGCCCAAAGUUUCAGUGCAUCCAUUUACGUGGUACAAUGGGGCCGAGCGGGACGACAAUGAAAAGCACCAAGUAGCCUGGAGUGAUUCUAAUGGGCUAGUUCCUUGGCUCUCCCACUGUGCAACAAAUUAAUUGUCCCCUCUCCAGGAAAUCGACGCACACGCACAGACAAUCAAGAAAGAUUUUCCCAGACUGGGUAGCACCUUGAAUGAAAAAUGUCCCUCAACAAUAACCCACAGCAAUAUUGUGUUAGCCACAGUGUGAAAUUGAUGAGCAUGUUUCCUUUCAUUGAGUGCUACAUUACAGUGUCUGGCUGCAGCGAAUCAUCCAUUAGUGAUUGUCACCGUUCAAUUUGAUUGUGCACCGCCGAACAUCCCAGGGCAGUUAGAGAAAGGCCUUGGUGUUAAUUCAGACUGAGAGCAGGGACGAAAAUAAGACUCUCGGGGCACCGAUGGCUGCUGGAGUGACGGAGAUUGGUGUGUAAUAUGGGGCUGUUCAAGUGGCAAAUAAAAUGUAAAACAGAGAAACAAGGGCCAUGUUACUACAGCUUUGUGUUUUUACAGUUAUUUCAGACAGGUGUGUCCUCCAACCUUUCCAUUUCUUUUCUGUUUUAAUGUGCAAUACUUUUCCGCAUCCGAGGACAGAGAAACAGUGCUAAUGCCAGCAGUUCUUUACAAAAUCAUCUGUUUCUCAUCACUCGACUACAGCCUCAGUAAUAGUUCCCGUUAAAUAGAAACCAUCUCUAACUGGCUAACUUGAGUGACAGUGUUAAAAUGAAGCUCAGUCUAGUGUCAGAUAGAAAUCUGUACGUGUAUUAUCACACUUUGGCCCAUUAAAGCUGACUGCAGAGACUACGGGGUCGUUAAAAGUAGUGCGCCAAUACUGAUACACUGGCCGUUCGCUGCAAGGAACCUGCGUUUCAGAAAAGACUGUGGCAAACGAAACUGAAUGAGCUCAUUUGCUUUUGGGUUUGUCUUUAAAACGGAAAGAUUUUUCAUUCAAGGACAGCCAGAAAGUUGGUCUUGGCAU